AUGACCACCGAGGGCGGGCAGCAGCCUCAGCAGCAACAACAGCAGCAGCAGCAGCAGCAGCAGCAACGUCUGCCGCCCCCUCCGGCCCCUCUCCAGCGUCCUUGCAGCCCGGCCCCCGGUGCGCUUCAGUCAGUCUUGAUGAGCCAGCCACCCCCUUCCUCCUCCUCCGCCGCUGCUGCUGCCGCCCUGGAGACCACCUCUUCUUCCUCCUCUUCCUCCGCGUCCUCCGCCUCUUCUUCAUCUUCCUCGUCCUCCAGCGCUUCCUCCGCAGCUUGCAAGAACGCCAGCGGCGGCGGGGGCAGCGGCGGGAGCGGAGGAGGCGGCGGGGGCGGCGGGGGUAGCGGCAGCAAGAAGGCCAGCUCAGGGCUGCGUCGUCCGGAGAAGCCCCCGUACUCGUACAUCGCCCUCAUCGUCAUGGCUAUCCAGAGCUCGCCCAGCAAACGGCUCACACUCAGCGAGAUCUACCAGUUCCUGCAGGCUCGCUUCCCUUUCUUCCGCGGAGCCUACCAGGGCUGGAAGAAUUCUGUGCGCCACAACCUCUCGCUCAAUGAGUGUUUCAUCAAACUCCCCAAGGGGCUGGGCCGCCCGGGAAAGGGCCACUAUUGGACCAUCGAUCCAGCUAGCGAGUUCAUGUUCGAGGAGGGUUCAUUUCGCCGCCGGCCUCGGGGUUUCAGACGGAAGUGCCAGGCGCUCAAGCCCAUGUACCACCGCAUGGUCAGCGGGCUGGGCUUCGGAGCCUCGCUCUUGCCGCAGGGCUUCGACUUCCAGGCUCCCCCUUCGGCACCGCUCGGGUGCCAUGGCCAGGGUGGCUACGGCGGCCUCGACAUGAUGCCUGGAGGCUACGAUGCCGGCGCCGGCGCCCCAGGACACUCCCAUCCUCACCACCAUCACCACCACGUCCCCCAUAUGUCGCCCAACCCGGGCUCGACCUAUAUGGCCAGCUGCCCGGUCACCACGGGAGCUGGAGUUGGAGCAGCCGGAGGAGGAGGUGGUGGCGGAGGGGGAGCGGGAGGGGGAGGAGGAGAGUACGGACCGGACAGCAGCAGCAGCCCCGUGCCCUCAUCACCUGCCAUGGCGAGUGCUAUAGAGUGCCACUCGCCCUACACUAGCCCCGCGGCUCACUGGAGCCCUCCUGGUUCCUCACCUUACCUCAAGCAGCCGCCUGCCCUGACUCCCAGCAGCAACCCGGCCGCCCCCGCCGGCCUCCACUCCAGCAUGUCCUCCUACUCCCUGGAGCAGAGCUACCUGCACCAAAAUGCCCGCGAGGACCUCUCAGUGGGACUGCCACGCUACCAGCAUCACUCUACCCCAGUGUGUGACAGGAAAGAUUUCGUCCUCAAUUUCAACGGCAUUUCUUCUUUUCAUCCUUCGGCUAGUGGAUCAUAUUAUCACCACCAUCACCAUCAAAGUGUCUGUCAGGACAUUAAGCCCUGUGUCAUGUGAAUAAAUAGAGCCAAUUGACGGAAAGACGACAAAAACAGUGGCUGUCUGGGACCCUGUGGAUGUCAGGUUUGAGGUCUAUCUGGACUCAUAAGGUAAAAUGUAAGGUGCACCCUUGAUAGCAUUGAGUAGAACACAAAUCACGUGGCCAGAAUGCUAGGGGCAGCCAGUAUUGUUCUACCACUCAUCAAAGGACAGAGCCAGACCAGGUAAGGUUCAGAAACUGCAAGAAUAAACCUGUUGUGGGGAGGAGUGGGGGGUGUAGGUCACCAGGGAAGGAAAGUGUGGACAGAAGGGAUUUCCCUAGUGGGGAAUUUAAAAACCGGGUCAAAAGACAAGUAAGCUUUUCUGAGAUCUUCGUUGCCUUCAGGAAUCGGGUCUGAAAAGUGGACAGUUGGUCUUUUUCUAUGAAAAACUUAGGAUUUUACAACAAAGGGGCAAUCAAAAGCAAGGACUACAAGAAAUCCGGUGUGUGUGUGUGUGUGUGUGUGUGUGUGUGUGUGUGUUUUAAAUGUUGUUUCCUGGUUGAUUAAGAGUGUUCUAUUUCUCCAAACACUAUUUUUGGACAAAAGUGCCCAUCAGUAUUAUUAAAAAAGUAUUUAGAAAUAAACUGUCUAGUUUAAGAAAGUGGAUUUUCAGUAUUGUGACAAUACAACGUUUUUACAAAGUUGUUUUCUACCACCAUAUUUUAAAAAAUAUUUUUUAAUGAUCUUCGUGUAUACUCGCACACUAUUGCUUGUACUUUAAAGGGAGGAUAUAUUUGCACUUAUGUAUACUUUUAAAG